UCACAGCAUGACAACUUACACAGACAAGGGAGAAAAGCCCCUGCGAGGCCGCUUCAUCCAUUUCCACUCCAUCACCUUCUGGGUCGGCAAUGCCAAGCAGGCUGCAUCCUACUACUGCAACAAGAUGGGAUUUGAGGAGCUGGCGUACCGGGGGCUGGAGACAGGCAGCAGGGAGGUGGUCUCGCACGUCAUCAAGCAGGACAAGAUCGUGUUCGUUCUCUCGUCUGCUCUCAACCCAGGGAAUGAGGAGAUGGGGGAGCAUCUGGUGAAGCACGGUGAUGGGGUGAAGGACAUCGCCUUCGAAGUGGAGGACUGCGACUUCAUCGUGCAGAAAGCCAAGGAGCGCGGAGCCGUGGUGGUGAAAGAGCCCUGGGUGGAGGAGGACAAAUUUGGGAAGGUGAAGUUCGCGGUGAUCCAGACGUAUGGUGACACCACCCACACCUUGAUAGAAAAGCUCAACUACAAGGGCCUCUUCCUGCCCGGGUACCACCCACCCCUCUUCAAGGACCCCCUACUGCCAAAGCUGCCAAGUGCCAAGCUCAACUUUGUUGACCACGUCGUGGGGAACCAGCCUGACCUCCAGAUGGUCCCAGUGGCAGACUGGUACCAGAAGAACCUGCUCUUCCACCGCUUCUGGUCAGUGGAUGACAAGCAGCUGCACACUGAGUUCAGCGCCCUGCGCUCCAUCGUGGUCACCAACUAUGAAGAGACCAUUAAGAUGCCCAUCAACGAGCCGGCAUUCGGCAAGAAGAAAUCUCAGAUUCAGGAAUAUGUCGACUACUAUGGAGGGGCUGGAGUCCAGCACAUCGCACUGAACACCUCUGACAUCAUCUCGGCGAUCACCAACCUGAAGCAGCGGGGCAUGCAGUUCAUGGACGUGCCAUCCAGCUACUACCAGAUGCUGCGGGAGAGGCUGAAAACUGCUAAAAUCAAAGUGAAGGAGAACAUUGACAAGCUGGCGGAACUGAAAAUCCUGGUAGAUUUUGAUGAGAAAGGCUACUUGCUCCAGAUCUUCACCAAACCAGUUCAAGACAGACCCACGGUCUUUCUGGAGGUCAUCCAGCGGCAUAACCACCAGGGAUUUGGUGCCGGGAACUUCAAGUCUCUGUUUGAAGCAAUAGAAAUAGAUCAAGACGCAAGGGGAAACCUGACCAUCCUGGAGCCCAACGGGGAGACCAAACGCAUCUAG